AUGACCGUGUCUAUUACUCCUUCCUCUCUUCCUGGUAGUAAAUCGACCUUAAAGACUGACAAUUCGUCCUAUGGUGGUGGCUUUUGGUCUCUGAAUUCUUCUUCGGUGCAUUCCAAAGAAGAUGGCGGGGGUUCUUCUACUUCCUUUAGUCUCACCAGCAAGAACAACAAGAGCAACAAGAAUGGCAAAAAUGGAAAGAAUGGCAAGAAUAAGGAGGAGACUAGCAACAAGAAUGGCAGCCCCAAGAAUGGAACAAAAAAAGGUCCUCUUCACUUGGAUAAUAGUAGUAAGCCACAACCAAAACAACAACAACAACAAGAAGAAGAAAGCAAAGGACAACAAGAAGCAAACGAAAAACCCAAAAUCAGGUUUGCCCCGUACGCCAAACAACGGACCAUUCUUUGUCGAGAGGACUAUUCCGAAGAAGAAAUGGCAUCCUGUUGGUAUACACAGAACGAACAGUUGGAUCGAGACGAAGAUAUUGCUGUAUUGGUAGAACAAUUGGAGAUGGAACAAGAAGAAGUAGGUGAAUUGCAAGAUCAAUCUAUCUUGCGAGGAUUGGAAGCCUGUAUGGAAGAGGGCAAGGAAGCUGUAGAUGUGGUGGUUACUACUUGCAUCCAAGAGGUCUUGCACGUCCAAGAACAACGUUGGAACAAAUUAGAAGCCAGUCAAGAAUUGACUAUGAGCCCAACUCCUUUGGAAUCCAAAAUGUCCAAACAUUCCGCCUAUUGGGAAUUGAAAAUGGCGCGAGCCUCACGAAAGGCAAGUCAACAGUGUAUGGAAUUUGCCUUGGAAAUGGCACAAUACGAUCACGAGGAAGCUUUGGAAGCGUAUCGACAAAUGGAAAAGAAGCAUGCCAAACAACAAGCGAAACUUGCCAAACAAGAACAGCAGCAACAAUUAAUGGAACAAGAAAGUAAGCAAACGAAAAAGAAGAUUGCCGUAGUUCCAGAAGGAUCGGAAUCGGGACGCAAUCUCGAACGAAAGGAAUCCUUGGAACUGGAACCACUGGUCAUGCCUCUGCCUCCACCACCACCACCGCCGCCAGAAGAAGCACCACCAGCAUCUCCCAUUACCAAAAUCCGCAAAAAGAAAAAGGACAUGGGGGAUUUGGACUUGUCUGCCUCGUUAAAGGAUAGCAGCAGCAACAACAACAACAAGAAAAAGAAGAAGAACAAGAUCCGACAUGCCAGCAUGUCCAAUACUGUUGGUACCUCCGAGGAGGAAUCUUCCUUGUCGCAAUCUUUAUCGAGUUCAGGUGCAUUAUCCCACUCCUUUCAAUCCUCCCAUGGCCGCAAAAAAAGCAAGACGAAAAAGGCACGAUGCAAAUCCGUGGGGACGACUUUUGAUAUUUCCAAAGAACUUGGUUCUUCUUCUUCGCCUUCAUCGUUGUUGGAGCAUCACCUGCAACUGUCUCCCAAUGCGGCUGGCAAAAAGGCCAAGAAAUCCAAGCGACGAUCCAGCUUGACGGCGGCUUCGUCGUCACUUUCGUUGGCGACCUCUCCAAUGCCUGUCACACAUUCCGAAGACGACUUUACCACAACAACGACGACGACGACCAAACACACGAAACAGGCGAAACGAAGAUCCAGCAUGUCCGCUGCGAUCUCCUCCUCCUCAUCAAAUGCAUUGACUACCUCGGAAGAAUUUGCCAAAUUCAAGAGAAUAUCAGAAGACUUUGUUCGGGGCAAUAAUAACAAUAACAGUGACAGCAAGAAGAAUGCAAAGGACCACAGUGAAAUGUCGGCCGCGUCUUCGGUUGCGUCUGCUGCUUCUGGUGAUUCUACUGCAACGCCGCCCACCAUUUCGGAAGACUUUCUACUAUCGGAUGGCGAUGGAACCAAAACCAAAACGAAAAAGACCAAGCGACGUUCCUCCGCAUCGGUGGCUACCAUUUCCGAAGACUUUGUCUUGCAGACACCACCACCAACAACAGCAACUAUCAAUGCCACUACUAAAACUCCAAGUACUACCAUUUCGCAAGAAUUUGCAUUGGGAAACAGAAACGAUGAAAGCAUCUCGGAAGACUUUGCCCUUUCGGAUGGAGAUGGGAAAAAGACAAGCAAGAAAAAAGCCAAGCGACGAUCCUCGGCUUCAGUGGCUACCAUAUCGGAAGAUUUUGUCUUGCAAUCACCACCUGCUACAUCUCGAGCAACCAUCUCGGAAGAGUUUGCAUUGGAUCUGUCCGCAGAAGAUGGCAAAAAGUCCAAGACCAAAAAGUCCAAGAAGAAAUCGUCCUCUUCCACUACUGCACUGCCACCGCCGCCGCCACCGCCAGCUACCAUUUCGGAAGACGUUGCCCUGGCUCCUCUUUCGCCUGGUUUCAUCUCGGAAGAGUUGGAGUUGGGUGGUGAGAGAAAUACAGCCAUGGUGUCGACGGAACUAGUGAAAAAGAACAAGGCGUCACGACACAAUAACUCCAAGAAAACGGAUGCAUCGCUCUUACUGUCACCUACUACCAAGUCACCCAAGAAGUCGAACUUGUCACCUACCAUCAAGUCACCCAAGAAAUCGUUACUGCUGUUGUCACCCAAACUCAAAAAGGAAAAGACGUCCGCAUCGUCGUCCUUGUUGCUGUUGUCACCCAAAGCCAAAAAGGAAAAGACGUCCGGGUCCUCUCCCAAAAAGGAAAAGCCCCCGUCACCCAAAAAAGACAAGUCCAAGGAGGAGAAGAAACUAGCCAAGAUGGAAAAGAAACUUGCCAAGGAGGAAAAGAAAAACAAGAAGAAAAAGAAAAAGAACAAGGGCAAAGAUGAUGAUGAUAAUGAUGCCAAUGAUAAUGAUGAUAAUGCUGGGGAUGAUGAUACGAAUUCGCCAAGGAAAUCGCCAGUGGCCAAGGUCAAGGGUAUGUACAACAGGAUUGCCCUCAACAGCUUUUACAAGGGGUUUAAUUGA